AUGAAGGGCCAGAGUUGGGAUAUAUCCCCUCCCAGGAGAGGAAUAAAUUGGGGUCGAGAGCAUAGAGAACAGAUGGAAGAACCAGAAAGUAGUGGAAUAGAGGAUGUGGGGGAAGGACCGUCUGAAGUUGUAAUUCACACCCCCAUUUCUCGAAGGACCCGACAGCAGACACAAACGAUAGCAACAAUAGCUCCCCUGUGGCAGGGAGUUGGUAACAGUGGGCCGGUGUAUGUAAAGGUGCCCUUUUCGGUUACAGACUUGAUGGCUUGGAAGCAGGCAGCUGGAGUAUAUAGAGAAGAUCCUGAGAGAGUAGGCAGAGUGGUGGAUACUAUAAUUAGAACACAGAAUCCGGACUGGAGUGAUUUACAGGUGAUCUUGGAUAAUUUGCUAGAUGAUACAGAAAAGCAGAUGGAAGGAGAACUUUUUUUGAAAAUACCUGAGUCAAGAACAGGAGAAAUCUUGAUGAUACAAGAAAAAGUGGAGGAGCAGGAAAUUCCACCAGAGGUGGAUUUUGCAGUGAUCCCUACAGUAUGGGAAACAGAUAUUCCUGGUAAAUCAAAAUUAGCAGCACCUGUAAAAAUAGAUUUAAAAGAAAAUGUAGGAACAGUAAAAAUUAAACAAUACCCAAUCAAACCAGAAGUUAGGCAGGAGCUGAAGAAAUUGAUUGACAAAUUUUUAGAGUACAAAAUUUUGGAGGAAUGUGAAUCUGAAUAUAAUACUCCUAUUUUACCAGUUAGAAAACCCUCGGGUGAAUAUAGGAUAGUGCAAGAUUUGAGAGCAGUGAAUCAAAUAGCCAAGGACAUAUAUCCUGUGGUUGCAAAUCCUUAUACGUUGUUAACAGCGUUAAAGGAGACUCAUCAGUGGUUUACAGUGCUUGAUUUGAAAGAUGCUUUCUUUUGCAUACCCUUGGAGAAGGAAAGCAGAAAGUUGUUUGCUUUCGAAUGGGAAAAUCCACAAACUGGGCGAAAGAUGCAGUUGACAUGGACAAGACUACCCCAAGGAUUUAAAAAUAGCCCGACAAUUUUUGGAAACCAGCUGGCAAAAGAGCUUGAAAUCUGGAAACAGGACAAACCAAGGCCUGAACAUUUACUUCUACAAUAUGUGGAUGACAUACUGAUUGCUACAGAAGAAAGAUCUACCUGCAUACAGGUAACCAUUGACCUCUUGAAUUUUCUGGGACUAAAUGGGUACAAGCCGAAAAAUAUCCAUGAACUUAGAGCGUUUUUGGGAAUGGCAGGGUGGUGUCGUCUUUGGAUCAUGAACUAUGGUCUAAUAGCUAAACCAUUGUAUGAGGCCCAAAAGAACUCUUCUUUUGUUUGGGGUCCAAAACAGCAAAUGGCCUUUAUAGAGUUAAAACACGCUUUAAUGUCUGCACCUGCUUUGGGCCUUCCUGAUUUAACUAAAGAUUUUCAGUUGUUUGUUCAUGAAAGACAACACCUGGCGCUUGGUGUGUUAACCCAGAAGAUGGGAAGCUGGAAACGACCAGUCGGAUACUUCUCCAAACAACUGGACACAGUGAGUAAAGGGUGGCCAAAUUGCCUUCGAGCAGUGGCUGCAACAGUAAUGAUCAUACAAGAAGCUCGGAAAUUGACUUUGGGAAAAACAAUAACAGUCUAUGUCCCACACAUGGUGAAAACUGUUUUAGAACAAAAGGGGGGACACUGGCUAUCUCCGAGCAGAAUGAUGAAGUACCAGGUAAUAUUAACUCAACAAGAUGAUGUAAUUUUAAAAACAACUAACCUGGUAAAUCCAGCGGUGUUUUUAAGUUCCAUACAGGAAGAAGGACAAUUGGAACAUGAUUGCUUGGCUGCUAUUGAGUACGUUUAUUCCAGUCGUGAAGAUUUGAAGGAUGUACCAUUGGAGCGACCGGACUGGGAACUGUAUACAGAUGGUAGCAGCUUUGUGGAGCAAGGAGUCCAAUACGCUGGAUAUGCGGUAACAACAGACACCACAGUUAUAGAAGCAGGAGCAUUGGCAAGUACAACCUCAGCUCAGAAAGCGGAACUUAUUGCUUUGAUUCGAGCUUUAGAACUGAGCGAAAAGAAGAAAGUAAACAUCUGGACAGACUCAAAAUAUGCUUUUGGAGUGGUACAUGUCCAUGGAGCAUUGUGGAAAGAGAGAGGAUUAUUGUCCUCUCAGGGAUCAAAUAUUAAACACCAAGAUGAAAUUUUACAAUUAUUACAAGCAGUUCAAAAACCAGAUCAGGUAGCAAUCAUGCACUGUAAAGCACACCAAAUUGGAAACACAAAGGAAAUUGUUGGAAAUAAUUUAGCCGACCGAACGGCAAGAAAGGUAGCAAAGGAACGAGCAUUCCAAAUGGCAUUAAUUCCUUCCAAAACAGUAACCCUUCCUAGGGAAAAACCAAAAUAUUCAGAAGAGGAUAAUAAGUUAGGUCAAUUAUUAAAUGCUAAGAAAAACCUAGCCGGAUGGUGGGUAACACCUAAAGGGCAGGUUCAAAUGGGUCGAAUAAAAUCUGGUACAGAGCCUGGAGAUUAUUGGCAAGUAGAUUUUUCAGAACUACCUAGGCAAAAUGGGUAUCGAUACAUCCUGGUGGGGGUUGAUACUUUUACAGGAUGGCCGGAGGCUUUUCCCUGUCGUUCCACACAAGCAAAGGAAGUAGUAAAGUGGUUACUACAAGAAAUAAUUCCAAGGUUUGGAGUUCCUAUUGGGAUUUCUUCUGACAGAGGUCCACACUUUGUUGCAGAAGUAGUCCAAAAUGUUAGCAAAAUUUUGGGUAUCACAUGGGAUUUGUAUAUCCCAUGGAGGCCACAAUCCAGUGGGAAAGUAGAAAGAAUGAAUCAAACCUUAAAAAGGCAAAUAAGUAAAAUUUGUCAAGAGACUAAUUUAAAAUGGCCUCAAGCACUUCCAUUGGCAUUAUUACGAAUCAGAGUACAGCCAAAGAGUGGAACCUCAGUCAGUCCUUAUGAAUUAUUGUAUGGAAAACCUUAUGAAUCCCCAGAACCUAAUCCAAACAUGCAUGUAAAAGGGAAACAAGAUGUGUAUAACUAUUUGCUUUCCUUAGGAAAAACUUUGACUGCAAUUUGGAGAGCAGUGGUAUGGAAUAGACCAUUAUCCCUGGAAGCUCCAGUGCAUGACUUUCAACCAGGAGAUUAUGUCUAUGUGAAAACGUGGGCUUCCGAACCCCUGCAGGAACGCUGGAAAGGACCCUUCCAGGUACUGUUAACCACCUUCACGGCUAUUAAGAUUGCAGAAUCGGAUGCUUGGAUACACUACACUCGAGUGAAGAAGGCACCUAGUCCAUGGAAGAUUAUUAGCCGUGAUCCAAAGACUUUAACACUGACUAUGAGACAUGUCUAA